GUACGGCGCUAAAAAUACAAAAGCAGGACAACGAACCGCCAGUUAUUUGCAUACUUUAUCGAUUAACUGGCAGUAGCCACUGUUAAUGUUGACAAGUUAAAUGAAUUACGCGAUAAUUUAAGAAUUAAUAUUUUCUAUUUCUUAAACAGGUAAGUGCUGCUAAGAAAGAAAGCCAAACUCCUCCCAUUCGUAGCACUGGCGUAGAGGGUGACCGAAGUAUCAAUGGUAACCAAUCUUAUCCUGGUGAACCUGGAUCUGACCCACAACACAGGGGUUAUCCACCAGAAUAUGGUUUAGGUGGACCACCAAAAUCUGGCUUACCUGGUCAUAAUUCUGGAAUGAAUCAGAUGUUUGAUACUCAAUAUACAUUUCCAACUCAAAAUCCACAAAUUGCUACUUAUAAUGGCCAUUUAUUGCCAAUUGAUCGUGUCAAUAUGACGCCAAAUAUAAUGGCCGAAGAAGGUUUAGGUGAUUUUGGUCCGUCGAGACAUCAAGUAAUGAACAGUCGUCUUAAAUCUAUGAUACAAAAUCGCCAAAGUCAAAAAGAACAAGGACAUACAAUAACAGCUAGCCCAUUCCACAAUCAACAUCCUGUUCCCUCACACAGUCCAUCUGGUCAGACAUUCUUAAAUCAGCAUCCUUCUGGUUCUGUUGGAGGAAUUCAUACAUAUGAUCAUUCUUCUUCAUUUUUAAGUCAACCAACUGUUCAUCAACCACUUUCAUCCACAUCAGAACAAAUGAGAGGCUUAUCACAUACUCCACCUGCUGAUCUUGCAGCUCUCUGGUCAAGGGGACCUUCUCCAUUACAACAAAGCCAAAUGACAGCAAGUGAUAAUUCUGGUGACAUUUCUCAGUUUCAGAAGGGAGAUCCAAAAAAUGAAAGGGCUUUCUCUACAAGUGAAUCACUUACAGAAUUUCAUCAGAACAAUGAAUCGGGUCCCGAUCAGCCCAUUGGUUAUCUUGAGGAACACCAAGACACGUCAAAUGGAAUGAACUUUGGUGCCUUUUAUGGCCAGGGUAAUUCAAGGAGAGAAAAUGAAAAUUCAACAGUGGAGCAGCUUUACAGAUCUGAAGAUCAAAAGCAUAGUGUUACUAUACAAGAGUCAAGCACUAUUUCUGAAAAAUUUUCUGCACAGCCAAUUGAACAACAAAAUCUUAGUAAUCAGUUUAUUCAUCCUUCUUCAUCAUCAUCUAGUACUGGACCAUUUGCAUCAAUAGUAACAAGUCAGUCAUCAAUGCCAUCUGUUUCUUCGCCAUAUACAAUGUCUUCUGGAAACCAAGUUGCAAAUUGUACCACUGUUUUGUCACCUGAAUCCUCAUCCCCUAUAGGAUCAGAACAAGUGCCAACUUCAUAUGCUACCAGUUCCUCCUCUUCACCUAGAGUCUUUGAGAAUGCAUCGGAAGGAAGACAGACAGAGGUGAACAAUGCUACUGCUUCCACCCCCACUGGUAGCGUGGGAUGUGGAACAAAUACUGAUGAAUCCAUGGAGUCACAGCCUUUUUUAUUGAAUACGACCACAUCUAUGAAUACAUUUACAAAUAUUAUCAAUACAUUUAAUCUUGCUUCUUCGCCAAUUUCCUACACAGUUUCUUCCAUUUCUACAGCACUUCCACCUGUUUCUAUAUUUAGUUCUGGGCACUCUGUGAUAGUGAGUGCAUCCUCUACCAGCCCAGAACUAAAAUCCUCACAGUUUCAGUCUCAUUCUACUCCUAACAUUACAUCUCCUCUGACGGGGGGAGGCCAACUAGUGUCAGACAUAGAUGGUGGUCGUAUCCGUGGCUCUUAUGGACCAGAUUUUUUUGCCAGUACAAUUGGCCUACCCCCGUCGCUUUCUUCCCCUACCAAAGCAAACUUAGCAGCCACAGCUUUAUCUUCUGUGCCAGUGUCUUCAUCUGUUGCUCUUCUUGGUGGCUCACCUAAUCCCAUCCUUUUUCCCCUUCCCAGCCUGCAAGACCAGGGUUGGUGGGGACAUUUGGAACGGCUCAAGACUAGUGCCACCAAGAUGGAAGUGCCUCCUAGUGACUGUUACGGGAAUGAGGAUCAUUCUUCAAGCCCCACCCUAGCCACCCUGCCUGCCUCACUCUAGGCCAUCCUGAAUACAGUAUUUGAACUCAGGGUGCUAUAUUGUUGCGUCCAGCAACAGUACAUCAGUAUCGGACAGUGUUUGUUCGGUGUAUGAGUAGUUCUCAAGCGUAGUAUUACUUAUGAUUACUGAAGUCACAAAAAAAAGGCGAUCUCAAGAAUUCACUAUCUUUUUCCAACAAAAGUUAUUGGUAGUUUUUUUAAUGGAAGUAAAUGCAAGAUGAAUGAGAAUACAAGCAGAAUUUUUAAACGUAGGAGUGUACUUUUUACAUAGUCUUUUAACGGGUGUCACAAUUUUGUAGAGUUUCUACUCAUUUAUUUUUAACAGCACUUAUAUUUGCCAACCAUUUAUGUCUACCUCAUUGUAUGCUCCUCUGCAUGCACAUAUUAAUAUUACUUGAACUGUUUUUUUUUUUUUCGUUUUCUUUUUUUUUUAUAGUGGGGGUCAAUUUUUAGUUUUUAUUUAGCCAAAAGUAGAAUCCCUUCCUACAUGGGGUUUUUGUUCUAAACUCAGGGAGCUCGUGGGGAUCAACACACUAUUUUUUUCUGUUUAUAAGCAUCGUCUUUUUUUUUUUUUUUAUUAGUCGAAUUGUUCUUAUUUGCUUGUACAAUUAUUAUUUUAUUAUUAUUAUUUUUUCUUUGAAUUUUUUUGUUGACGUGAAAAUUGUGUGCCCGGAAUAACAUCACAAAUGUAGAUUCAGGUCACAAUCUAGUUAAUGAAAUUAUAUGACAGCACUUUUUGCUGUACUGGCAUUUUACAAGAUGUGCCAUAAUACUUUCUAAUACUGCUCUCAGGUUUGAAUGUGUGAGAAUAAAACAUUUUUUUCCAAAGACAUA